UUAGACUCUUAAUUUAAGUCAGGAAGUCCACAAUUUAUCAGGCAUACAAAUGUCUCUGCUUAUCCUUGCUAUUUUUCUGGCAGUUAUUCAGAAAUGUCAUAAUGUGGUUGCUACUGCAAGGACAGAAGAACUUUUGAAAGUAGUUUUCUAUUUUAGAGGCGAGCUGAGAUAUUUGUCAGAUCCUUCGGAGAUGGAAGAACAGCUUCAUGGAAAUAAAGUUUCUCUGUCAUUGAUAUAACAGCAACAACAACAGAACCUGAACGUUCUGCACUCUUACAGUCUGUUGUUUGUUUUUUAAUUUCUGAUAGGAAGUUAUUUUCAGACUGCAAAUUUGGGCAAGCUGAAUUAAAACUUGCUUCUCUUUUUAUUCAGUUUUGUUUUUAAUCUGAUCUCUACUAAAACUAUCGAAAUGUCAGCUGUUGUAAUUGAAUUGGAUAAGAUUUCGUCAGAUGAGACUGAAAGCAAAAGGGAUUCCAAGCCAGAUUUUAAGCAAAGCAAAUUCAGUCAAUCAUGUGCUGAUUAUCACGGCUUUCAACUUCACUGCUCGUGUUCUGCACCAGCUGGUAUGAACACAAGCAAGAGCGAGACAGUGAAAGAGCACCCAUUAAAACCUUCUAGAAGAUCUAUGCCAUGCCUCGCCCAGAGCCAAACACAUCCUCAGAGCCUGAGCAAGCAUUCAUCAUUUCUGCAGCCAAAUCGUGUGCAGCCCCAGCUCCAGCCCCAGCCUUUAAGUGCAGGGACAUCUGCAGCUGCAGUGGAUGCAGUGUCAGAAAGAGACAAAGUAAUGGAGACUUUGGAAAACAACUUGCUUAAGCUGUCUAAUACAGAAUAUGGUGAUCCAUUUUUAGAUGUAGGAAAGGACAAAGAUACAUAUACAGAUGAUUCAGAACAUGGGAAUUAUGAUGCUCGUACAGAUCAGUCAUUGCUUAUUCAAAAUAAGCUCAUCAGGCAGAAAACAGAACCUCGAACUAAAUCAUCUUUAAAGAGUGAUGCCAUGGUAUCAUCAGGACUCUUCUUCAAAGAUGGCAAAAAGCGCAUUGACUACAUCUUGGUCUACAAGAAAUCAAGUCCACAGGUAGAAAAAAGAAGCACAUUUGAGAAGAAUCUGAGAGCAGAAGGGCUGAUGUUAGAACGAGAGCCAGCUGUUACCAACAGUGAUAUCAUGUUCGUUAAAAUUCACUGUCCAUGGGAGACAUUGUGCAAAUAUGCAGAAAGAAUGAACAUCAGGAUGCCUUUCAGGAAAAAAUGUUAUUACACUGACUGGAGGAGCAAAACCAUGGGCAGUUUGCAGAGAAAUAUUAGAGAGCUGAAAAGUUGGUUGCCGAGAAAUCCGAUGAAGCUGGAUAAGGAGGCCCUGCCUGAUCUGGAAGAAACAGAUUGUUACACAGCGCCCUUCAGCCGUGCACGAAUACACCAUUUUACAAUAAACAACAAAGACAGCUUCUUCAGCAAUUCCACAAGAAGUAGAAUUGUGCAUCAUGUGCUACAGAGAACGAAGUAUGAAGAUGGAAAAUCCAAAAUGGGUAUUAAUAGGUUACUAAAUAAUGGAACAUAUGAAGCAGCAUUCCCACCACAUGAGGGAAGCCACAAAAGCAGACAUCCCAUCAAAACACAUGGAGCACAGAAUCACAGACACCUCUUGUAUGAGCGCUGGGCACGAUGGGGAAUGUGGUACAAAUACCAACCUCUUGAUUUAAUCAGGCGAUACUUUGGUGAAAAAAUUGGAUUGUAUUUUGCCUGGCUGGGAUGGUAUACUGGAAUGCUUAUUCCUGCUGCCCUGGUUGGGCUCUUUGUUUUCCUCUAUGGAUUAUUUACAAUGGAUUCCAGCCAAGUAAGCAAAGAGAUCUGUGAAGCAAAUGAAACCAUUAUGUGCCCUAUGUGUGAACGCAAUUGCACACUACAAAAACUCAAUGAAAGCUGCAUAUAUGCCAAGGUUACACAUUUGUUUGAUAAUGGAGGGACUGUCUUCUUUGCAAUUUUCAUGGCAAUUUGGGCCACAGUCUUUCUAGAGUUUUGGAAAAGACGAAGAGCUGUAUUAACUUAUGACUGGGACCUCAUAGACUGGGAAGAUGAAGAGGAAGAGCUGCGUCCCCAGUUUGAAGCUAAAUAUUCCCAAGUGGAACGAGUAAAUCCCAUCACAGGAAAACCUGAACCUUUUCAGCCUUUCCCUGAUAAACUCAGUCGACUGAUGGUGUCUGUCUCAGGAAUAUUCUUCAUGAUUUCACUGGUCCUUACUGCAGUGUUUGCAGUUGUGGUGUAUCGACUGGUAGCCAUGGAGCAGUUUGCUUCUUUCAAGUGGUAUUUCAUCAAGAAGUAUUGGCAGUUUGCAACUUCUGGCACUGGAGUCUGUAUCAAUUUUAUGAUCAUCAUGUCACUCAAUGUUGUAUAUGAAAAGGUUGCCUAUCUCCUGACAGACUUAGAGCACCCUAGAACAGAAUCUGAGUGGGAAAACAGCUUUGCCUUGAAAAUGUUCCUUUUCCAGUUUGUCAACUUGAACAGCUCCAUCUUCUACAUUGCCUUUUUUCUUGGCAGGUUACCUAGAGAGGUGAUGGAUGUCUUAUCCCUGGAAACAUUCAAAUUACUGAUCUCUUUCACUUCAUUUCAGUGUCAUCCUAGUGGCUGCUUGAUAGAUCUGUGCUUACAAAUGGGAGUUAUUAUGGUUUUAAAACAAAUGUGGAACAACUUCAUGGAACUUGGCUAUCCUUUAUUACAGAAUUGGUGGUCACGACGCAAAAUGAAGAGAAGAGGGCAAUCAAUGGAGAAUAAAAUUUCUCUACCUCAGUGGGAAAAAGAUUGGAAUCUGCAACCUAUGAAUCUCCAUGGUUUAAUGGAUGAAUAUUUAGAGAUGGUUUUACAGUUUGGCUUCACCACCAUCUUUGUUGCUGCCUUCCCACUGGCACCUCUCCUGGCACUGCUGAACAAUAUCAUAGAAAUCAGGUUAGAUGCAUACAAGUUUGUCACUCAGUGGCGAAGACCUAUGCCUGCAAGAGCAACAGAUAUAGGUAUUUGGUAUGGAAUUCUGGAAGGAAUCGGUGUUUUGGCUGUCAUCACCAAUGCCUUUGUUAUUGCCAUUACUUCUGAUUACAUUCCACGUUUUGUCUAUGCAUACAAAUAUGGUCCCUGCACAGAUCAAGGGUACAGACAAGAAAAAUGCUUAAAAGGAUAUGUCAACAGCAGUUUAUCAGUAUUUGAUUUGAGUGAACUCGGGAUGGGGUACUCAGGAUACUGUAGGUACAGAGACUACAGAGCCCCACCGUGGAGUUCAACUCCAUAUGAAUUCACUUUGCAGUUUUGGCAUGUCCUGGCAGCAAGGCUGGCCUUCAUAAUAGUAUUUGAGCACCUUGUUUUUGGAAUAAAGUCCUUCAUUGCCUACCUAAUUCCAGACAUACCCAAAGACUUGUGUGACAGAAUGAGAAGAGAGAAAUACUUAGUCCAGGAAAUGAUGUAUGAGGCUGAACUGGAACAUUUGCAAAGAGAAAGGAAAAAGAAUGGGAAACAGUAUCACCACGAAUGGCCUUAGUCACCACCAUACAACAAAAACACUUUGAAAUUGGAGAGUGAAGUUACAAAAUGAAGUCAGUCUGGCAUCUGUGUGAGAUUUGGUGGUGGUGUAUAUAUGUUCUUGCUAGGCUGUACAGUUGUAUACUUCAGUGGGCACUGGAAAAUAGAUGUUUGCAAUGAUGACAAUAAAAAGCCUUACCUCUAGCUGGUCUAUUGUGAGCUCCAAUGACAAUUGGCAUUCAGAAAUGUGCAGACAGAUUAAAAAUCUGGACACUGUUUUAAAAAAAGGCAAUGGAUUUUCAUGCUGUUUAUGAAGAUACUAUCAGUGUGAUGAAAACAGCAAAUUACCUGUGAACAUAUAGAAUAAGGGCAUGGCUAAAACCAAGUUAUGUGAUAUUGACUACUUGUACAGCUUCUGAUUGCUCAGCUCCAUCUGUAAUGCCUCUAAAGAACAGAGCAGUUGUUGCCUUUGUGGCCAUGACUUGAUCUUUCAGGCUUACUGUUUUGUCAGGUUUGUCCUAGUCUCUUGUUGAGAUUGUGGAUGUGGUCCUACCCUAAAAAAGGGGUCUGUGGCUGCUAAAUAUAUACUAUGCAGUUUAAGAUUUGCACAUCAGUGUCAUUAAUUUAUCCAUCUAGUUGAAAACCAAAAAGUCCAAAUUCCGAGAGAAAACAGCAGUUCUAGGAGAAUGUAAUUUUCUGUUUGAAAAUUACACAGCUGUUGAGUUGUCUUUCCACUUUUGUGUGUGGAAAGGCCAUCUCCACACGUUUCCAGGGUGAAAGAGCUGUCAUUUCCAUGCUAACUGUGUUCCUGUUCCUCUUGAUCAGUCUGGGCAGUGAUUCCAUGACUUCACAGAAUGCUAACUUGAAAUACUCCCAUGCAGUGCAAAUGACUUUCUCUUCAAAAUACAAUUAUAUCUUUAUAGUAUGCAAGCUUCUGCAGAUAUAUAUGAGAUAUGCAGUAUAACAUGUGGCUUGCUUGUUCAGGGAAGGAGAAGAGCAAAGUGUAACAACGUUCUUCUUAUUCUAAUAGUAAAUGUUGCAGUAAUGUACACUUUUAUUGGCCUAAAUAUGUCAUAACAUUGGAGCUGGAUACAGGCAAAUAUGUAUACAGAUUGUAUAUAAAUGCAUACACACAUUGUGGUUACUCUUAGAUGAUUUAUUAUUAUUAUUAUUAUUAUUAUUAUUAUUAUUAUUAUUAUUAUUAGUAUGCCUUCUUACACUUUGGGGGGGAUUUUUUCGAUAAAAUCACUAAAAAAGUAGAUGUUCAUUGAAGAAUCAAAUUUCAGUUUUUAUGUGCAAACAGCAUACUGCAGUGUUGCUUGUGCUUAAUAGUUACAUUCUGGUGAUGAAAUUGUCUGUCACUAACAUUUCAUAAUACAGGAGAAGUACUUAAUGUUUAAACAAGUUUGAAGGGAUACCUUGCAGGGAAGGGAAUGGAUAAACAGAGUUACAGUUGUUCUGUUUCUCUUGUACAAUUUUAAAUAAUGCUUCUCUAUAUGGGAUGAGAAAAAUCUGAAAAACAGAGUCAGCAAAGCACAGUAACCACAAAAUCUACAAAUUUUGACAUUAUUUUUAGGGAUAAAGCUACAGCAAAAUCACUGCUGACAGAUAUGGCAAGACCAGAAUUUUCACUUAUUUACAUUACCCUGUUGAAUUAAAAAGUGUGAUUCCAGUACUCAUUUGCAUUUAUUAGCACAAUAAUUUUAUUUUGUUUCACUGAAAUUAAUUUCAAGAGCCCAUCAAAGUGGGUAAAUAGGAUCUGGAUUGUAUCCAGAGAGCUAACAUCAGACUUUUAAUUUCUUCAGUUGUUUCACCACAUUAAUGAGAUUUCUGGGUUAAUUUCAGCUCUGUUACCAGACAAGGCACUUACAGGACUCUGUCGUACUUCAUGAAAGGAGGAAAUAAAUUUGAAGAUCUGGUUUAAUCAGAUACAUUACCCAUACAUUCUGUGAUAAAGGAUUGAUGGAACUCAGCUUGCCAUAUUUUGGAAAGGCUGUUCUGUUCCUUCAUUUGUUCCUUCAUAUUCUGGGUUGUGCAUUAAGUUCCUCAAGAGUCAAUAUCA